AUGCCCCGCCACCUCAAAUCAGCCACCAAGACUUCCGGCAACAACGCCAACUCGACAAACGUCGCCUCCAUCGUCCGCAACGUCAUCGACGACAUCCGCGCCAACGGCGACGCCGCCGUCCGCAAGUACUCGGAGAAGUUCGACUCCUGGAGUCCGCCCUCCUUCAAGCUGUCCGACGAGCAGAUCCAAGCUGCCAUCGCGGCCGUCCCCGAGCAGACUAUCCAGGACAUCAAGGAAGCGCAGGCCAAUGUGCGUCGGUUCGCCGAGGCGCAGCGCGCGUCGCUCAAGGACUUUGAGAUGGAGCUCCACGGCCCGGGCGUGUUUCUGGGGCAGAGGAGUCUUCCUGUGAAUCGCGUGGGGGCGUACAUCCCCGGCGGCAGGUAUCCCCUCCUGGCCAGCGCGCAUAUGACGAUCCUGACGGCCAAAGUGGCCGGCGUCAAACACGUUAUUGGAUGCACGCCGCCCAUCGCCGGGCGCAUCCCCAAUGCCACCAUCGCGGCCAUGCACCUCGCCGGCGCGGACGAGAUCUACCUCCUGGGCGGCGUCCAGGCCAUCGCGGCCAUGGCCCUCGGCACCGAGACGGUCCCCAAAGUCGACUUCCUGGCGGGACCGGGCAACGCGUUCGUCGCCGAGGGCAAGCGGCAGCUGUUCGGCGAGGUGGGCAUCGACCUGUUCGCGGGGCCGACGGAGAUUCUGAUCGUUGCGGACGAGCACGCGGACCCGUACACCUGCGCGGUCGAUCUGCUGUCGCAAGCCGAGCAUGGGCCAGACUCGCCGGCGAUCCUGGUCACCAACUCGGAGGCUGUGGGCCGCCAGACGCAGCAGUGGGUCGAGAAGCUGCUAACCAUCCUGCCCACGGGCAACAUUGCCGGCAUCGCGUGGGAGUCGUUUGGCGAGAUCAUCGUCACCGAUUCUCUGGACGAGGCCUACGCCGUCGCAGACGAGUAUGCGGCCGAGCACGUCGAGAUCCUGACGCAGAACCCGCGCGAGGCGCUCGACAAGAUGAGCAACUACGGGGCGAUCUUCCUGGGCGAGAACACGUGCGUGUCGUAUGGCGAUAAGCUCGCUAUACUGACGAUACUGACGACGCAGUGCAUUGGAACGAACCACGUCCUGCCCACGCGCAAAGCGGCCAAGUUCACCGGAGGCCUCUGGGUCGGCAAGUUCCUGCGCACGACGACGUACCAGGAGGUGCGCAAUCCGCAGGCGAGCGGCGAGCUGGGCCGGCUGUGCGGACGGGCCUCGCGGGCAGAGAACUUUGAGGGCCAUGCGCGGGCGGGCGAUUUGCGGGCGGCCAAGCAUCUCAAGGACGAGUAUGAGUGGAUUAUAAUAAAAGCUAGAUUUAAGGCUCAGUUAGUAAGUAAAGCUAUAAGAAAGCCAGGCUAG